GAAACAAAAACAUGAAAUUCACACUGGCUCCUGUGGCUGAAGAACUGAAGAAACUCCUUGGAUGUAAUGUCACAUUCCUCCCAGACUGUGUUGGGCCAGAAGUAGAAGCUGCGUGUGCUGAUCCCGCACCUGGGUCAGUCAUAUUGCUUGAGAAUCUCAGAUUCCAUGUUGAAGAGGAAGGCAAGGGUGUUGAUGCAUCUGGAGCUAAGGUCAAAGCUGACCCUGCCAAGGUUGCCGAGUUCCGUUCCUCAUUGCGCAAACUUGGCGAUGUGUACGUAAACGAUGCUUUUGGAACUGCCCACCGUGCUCACUCAUCAAUGGUAGGUGAAGGAUUCGAUAAGAGAGCCUCAGGAUUCCUUCUGAAGAAAGAAUUAACAUAUUUUGCCAAGGCCCUAGAAAAUCCAGAGAGACCCUUCUUGGCUAUUCUUGGAGGUGCUAAAGUUAAGGACAAGAUUCAGCUCAUUGAGAACAUGUUGGAUCGUGUCAAUGAAAUGAUGAUUGUUGGUGGAAUGGCUUUCACAUUUUUGAAAGUCCUCAAAGGAAUGGAGAUUGGUACAUCCCUUUACGAUGAGGAGGGUGCCAAAAUUGUAGACAAGUUGAUGGCAAAAGCUCAAGAAAAGAAUGUCCAAAUACAUUUCCCAGUUGACUUCGUCACAGCUGACAAAUUCGACGAGAAUGCUAAUACUGGGUCUGCAACGGUUGAAGGUGGAAUCAAAGGAGAUUGGAUGGGCCUUGAUUGUGGACCAGAAUCCAUCAAGAUUUUCAAUGAAGCGGUUUCCCGUGCAAAGACCAUCGUAUGGAAUGGACCAUGCGGCGUGUUUGAAUUCGACAAGUUUGCCAAUGGUACCAAGAGUGUCAUGGACAUGGUUGUCAACGCCACAGCCAAAGGAUGCACGAGCAUCAUUGGAGGCGGAGAUACAGCAACCUGCUGCGCUAAGUGGAACACAGAAGACAAAGUGUCUCACGUAUCUACUGGAGGUGGAGCUUCUUUAGAACUUCUUGAGGGUAAGACGCUUCCAGGAGUAGCUGCACUUUCCAAUGCCUAGACGACCCUUGGGGUGAUGUCACAUGCUACAUACGCUUGUUGACUACUAUGGUGUCUUAGAUUUUCAUCUGCAGUAUUGCUUUGUUCAUGUAUCAUAGAUAUUUCAUGACCAAUUGUGUUAAGUUUUGUAUCAUUGUAUUUGUUGUAAAAGAUUUUUUUCUAUUUAUUCUAGUAGCUGAAAUAUUGUAAAGUUCAGUGCAUAGCUACUGUGUUAGCCGAGAAGAAAAGUGGAAAUUAUCCAAUAGUUAGAAAAUGAUUGUUCUAGUCAUAAAAUUUUCAAAACCUUGACUUUGGUACGUACUGAUGAUAUGCAUAGAAUUUAUGAAUUUCAAGAACCAUAAUGGUAAAAUGUUCUCACUGAAACUAUUAGCAUAUUGACAGAUUUAAAGGUUCUUAUUUUUGUCAUUGAAGAGAAAAAAUGGUGUUGACUUCAGGAAGCUGCUGUAUAUGUUGUCUGUUGUUUUAUUUAGUCUGUGAUGUUUUGAUGAGAUGGUUGUCAGGUGUAUCUGUAAAAGAAUAAAAUUUUAUUUAC